AUGCGCUCCAGCUUUGUCCUCGCGGCCUUGGUGGGCCUGGCGGCUGCCUCUCCGGCACCGGCGCCUCACUGCCUCGUCACCGGCGACUGUGGCAACGAGCUCGAGUCGAGGCAGAUCAGCGUCGUUAUCAACAACAUCAUUGAUACCAUCAACUGCAGGAUCUUUAAGAUCUGCAAGCCCACCACGACCACCACGACUUCGAGGCCUGCUGCUGCCACGACCACGUCCACCAGACCCGUGGUCCCUGCCGUCACCACGACCACAUCCCCUAUCGGUGUCCGCACCACCACUUCUACUUCGGUCCCUGCGACCGUCGUCACCACCACGGCCGCUGCCACCGCCACCAGCACCGCCACCAGCACCUCGACUGGCACCGCUGGCACUGCUCUGCCCAGCGCCUCUAGCUGUGACAGCACCGUUCUCAUUCUGGCCCGUGACGACACCGGCAUCGCCGCCGGCAGCGCCGGCCUCAAGGGCUAUGGUAUUCCCUUCCAGGGCCUGGCCAUUCCCCAGGCCGGUGCUCCUCUGCCCGAGCUGUUCUCCGGCUCCAAGGGCAACUUUGGUGCCAUCAUCAUUGUCGAUGCCAUUGCGUACGAGUACACGGACGGAUGGCGCUCUGCUGUGACCACCGAGCAGUGGGAUGCUAUCCACAAGUACCAGCUCGCCUUUGGCGUCCGUAUGCUCAUCAGCUUCACUGACGUCUCCGAUUUCCCCACUGCCAACCUCAAGGUCAACGCCGGCGUCAGCAGCCAGGGUUUGUACCACUACCCCGCCACCAUCACCGACAGUAAGACCACCAAGCAGGUUGCCAAGUUUGCUGGCGGUCCUGGCGUCGUUGAGGGCGCUGCUGCCGUCAUCAACAACUUUGAUGGCCGUGAGCAGUUCGUCUGGUUCACCAGCUGGGCUCCCGAGUGGUCUGCGACGUCCAACUACCUUCAGCACUCUCACAUUCACUGGAUGACGCGUGGCCUGUUCCUCGGCAAGCGCAAGGUUCAUCUCUCUGCGCAGGUCGAUGACUUGCAGCUCGAGACUGAUCUCUACUACCUGCCGCGUGAUAUCAACAGCCGUCUGGCUGCCGGUUCUGAGUUCUGGCUCGAACUUGCGCACAACGGCAACGGCGAUAUCAUCUCGGCCACUGCGGAUAACAGGCCCCAGGACGGCGUUUGCAACCCCAACUACGCCGUUGACUACCCCGAGCAGAUCGACACUCCUCUGGAAUUCCAGAAGCCCUUGGGCACUGGUCAGGAUAUCUGGGGCACCGAAUUCACCAAGUACGGAUGGUCCAAGACCUGCGCUCAGCGUGACGAGUUUGCCAGCUGGUUCCUCGACACCGCGAGAUUUCAGUUUAACCAGGCUUGGAUGACACAGAUGGGCAUCGACAAGGCGACCAAGUUCUCGCCCAACGGCCUGGUUCCUCCCGCGAUUACGGGUAUGCACAAUGGUGAUGCCAUUCGCGCCUGGAUGACCAACGGUAUCACCAAUGUUGUCGGCGACAACACCCGCCCUCCUCUCCGUGCCAAGAACGAGUACUGGCCUCUCAUCUCCAACGUGGCCGAUAAUGGCUACGAUGGUCUCCUUAUCAUCCCGCGGUACGCGACAACCAUCUACUUUAACUGUGAUACGGCUGAGUGCACGACCCGCGAGUGGAUUGAGACGUCGGCUGGCAAGGGCGACUUUAACAGCCUGCUCGAUAACGUACGCGCCGAGAACACCCGUCACCUUCUCGGCCUGCACGCCGACCCUUACAUGUUCCACCAGGCCAAUAUGCGCCAGAUUGACAUGCCGUCCAUCACGGUCGGCUCGCAGACGGGCAAAAUGUCGCUGAUUAUGUCCUGGGUCGAGACGAUCACACAGGAGAUGGGCCGUCUGACCAACUGGCCCAUCACGUCGCUGAAGCACGACGACAUCGGCAAGAGCUUCUCCGACAGGAUGGCCCUCGAUCAGUGCGAGCCCAAGCUCUCGUACAGCUACAGCAACGGCACGACCAUCUCGUCCGUCACCGUAUCGGCCAAGGGUAACUCGUGCAGCGUGCCCGUGCCCGUCACCAUCCCUGCUGGCACCGUCACGAGCUCCGGCGCCGUCAAGGCCGACAAGGUCGGCAGCGAGCCGCCCAUCCAGUGGGUGACUCUGAACGGAUCGCCCGUCACCCUGAACCUGGGCCAGACUGUUGGCGGUGCUUAA